GCGGGGCAGCAGAAGGUGGACUACCAAGUGUCGGGUGGGUGGGGGGCGUUGACCGUGGGCGCGGACGGAGGCGUGUCUCUGUGGCGCUCCCUCGACCGUGAGGCCCCUGACGGCGACACGGGCGUGGCCACGGUCAUCGCCGUGGACCGUGGGCGGCCCCCGCUCACCUCCACCGCCACCCUCACCAUCACCGUCGCCGACGUCAACGACUGCGCACCGCGCCUCCUCCCGCCCACCGUCCUGCACGUCACUGAAGGGACGCCGCCCACGCUGCUGGGGGUACUCACAGCUACCGACUACGACGUGUGGGCGUUAGGGCACGGACCCCCCUUCAACUUCACCCUGUCUCCCACCAACCCCAUCCACGUUCUCACCCACAUCAAGCUCAAAUUCGACCCACACCUGGACAGCGGCAGGGGCGGCGCUGAGCUUUGGACGUCUCGGCCGGCCGAUCGGGAGGAGCACCGGAGCCUAGAGGUGCAGGUGACGAUAGGUGACGCCGGCGGAGUCACCGCCACCCACCCCGUCACCGUUGUUAUCGACGACCUCAACGACAACCCCAUGAAGCCCGCCUCCAAGACCGUCUACCUCUGGAAGACCCAGGGCGGAGGAGGAUCCAAGGCUCCCCUGGGCCGGGUCUACGUGGAGGACCCAGACGACUGGGACCUCGAGGACAAGACCUUCCAGUGGGUGGGUCCCCCUCACCCACUCUUCUCCCUGAACCCCAACGACGGCACCAUCUUCGCCUCCAGCCAGGUCAGGGAGGGAAGGUAUGAGCUUCACUUCAGCGUCAGCGACAGAGCGUGGCGUCAGCGCGGGGUGUCAGCCAACGUUACUGUGGCUGUCAGACUCCUGUCGCAGGAGGCACUCGCCCACGCCGCCCCCAUUACACUCACGCCCACCACGCCCACGGACCUCACCAGGGGAUGGACGCCAACGCACGGGGGAGGAGGUCUGGGUCGUCUGGUGGAGGGAAUUUUGAAGGCGGUGGGGGAAGGGACUCACACGGUGGAAGUAGUGAGUGUGUAUGGCCACCCUCACUAUGCUCCUCCACACUACCACCACCACCACUACUACCACCACCACCACCACCCAUCCCCACACGCCGCCCACUCGCCGCCCACCGCCUUAGAGGACGGGACGGAGGCAAGGCAGCACCCGCCCCGCGUAGCUGACACCCUACCACCUUCUGCUUGUGUUUGGGUCAGCGUCAGAGACCAGCGUGGGGUGUUUAUGGACCCCAUUAAGCUCCAUGGGCUGCUGGGGCUACACUCUCGCCAGCUGGAAGAAGCGACCAGCCUGAAGGUGUGGUUGGAAUCCUCGGGGAUCACAGGUCGACGUCGCCCGGAGGAGUUGCAAAGCCCCGACCUCCACCGUGACCUGCAGCGCCUCCUACACGAUCUUAAGCAGGGAGAGGACGGUGACCCCUCAUCCGCGGCCUCGCUGGCUUCUACUGCUCUCCCUCUGCAGGUGGUGGACACCAACGCUACCUCUCUGGUCACUCCUCGCCUCUCCCGCGCCCACGCCUGCUACGCCCACGAGCCAGAGUCCUGCACGCCCACCUCCUGCCUCAACGGAGGGAGCUGCAUCAGACUUGCGACUGGUAACAGGUGCGUAUGUCCCGGCGGCUCCAAGGGAUGGCAGUGCAAGGUAUUGUCUCGCACCUUCUCCGGAUCUGGGUGGGCGUGGGUCCGACCCCUGCCUCCAUGUCUUCCCACAACCAUUUCUCUCCGGGUCCUCACCUGGCGACCCAACGCUCUCAUUCUCUAUUCCGGCCCACUGUCACCCCAGCAGAGGCCCCCGGAAUCAUCUUCUUCCUCCUCCUCGUCGUCCUCCGCGCCCCGGCCCACGCCCAUGCUUGCCCUGCAGCUAAAGUACGGCCGACCCCAGUUGCUGCUGGAAGGCGGGAUCGUGCCCUUGAAGCUGGAGGUGAACACUACGAUACACGGCGGCGACUGGCACACUCUUCAUGUUCACCUCGAUACCCAGGGUGUUGCUCUCAUGGUCGACCUGUGCGGCCAAGGUUGGGAGAACAACGCCCAAAACGACGUACACUGCCUCGCGCAAGCUGACUGGUCUGCCCCAUUUGGUCUGGAGGAGUGGCUAGGCUCAGGACCCCUGCAGGUGGGCGGUAUCGCCCACUCACCGCCCACCGCCCACGACCACGGGUGGGGCGAGGCCCCCACAGCCCGCCCACUCCAAGGCUGCGUCUCACAUCUCAUCCUCAAUGGUCAGCUUGUGGACCUCGGAGAACCGGCCUACAGCCAGGGGAACACUGCGGCCGGAUGCAAGCCCCAAGAAUCUGCGUGUCCCGCCGGGUGUGGUGUUCACGGAGAGUGUGCGGGCGGCCUCAAGCGACCAGGGUGUGAGUGCCAACCCGGAUGGGGCGGAUCUGGCUGCUCCACGCCCACGGUCCCCGCCUCCCUUGGCAAGUCUUCGUACGUGAAGGUGGCGUUGUCGUUCACGCCUGCGCCCCGGGUGUUGAAGGUACAGCUUCGGGUGAGGACCCGAGGGGCGCGACACGGCCUCCUCCUGCACCUGGCCGCCCAUCACCACUCGGCCGCCUUCAUGCUCCAUCUUCGCUCAAGUGUGGUGUGUGCGUCGCUGACCGGCUCGGAGUGGGCAGCGAUGGCGGCGUGCGUGGAGGCUCGGCCGCUUGGCGACGGCGAGUGGCACACCGUUCAGGCGGAACGACACGGCGACAACCUCCUGGUGAGCGUCGACGACGGCGACGGAUGGCGUCGGAACGAGUCCCUGGCGUCGUUUCUGGCGGCGCGGGAUGGUGGGCGGAGAAGGGAGCCGCCCUCUGCCCUCAACGUGGACAAGCACGACGGUGUCACCGUUGGAGGACUGCCAGAGUUCGUUGGAGUCAAGUUGGUGGGAAUUCGGGACGAUCUGGUCGAUGCCUGUGUGGACGACCUGCGGGUAUCGAACCACCCCUUACCGCUACCACCUGCCAUCAACGGUACCAGCUGGGGCCAGGUGACCACCUUGCAGCACCUGGAACGUGGCUGCGAGGCCCCAGACGCCUGUCUCAACACCACCUGUGCCCAACCCCUCACCUGCACCACCACCUGGGGCCAGGCCACCUGCAGCUGUGGCCCGGGCCGACAGCUGGUGGACCGCACAUGCGAGGAUAUAGAUGAGUGCGUGUGGCGGCCCUGCCUGCACGGGGGGUCGUGCUAUAACCUGCGGCCCGGCUUCCUCUGUGUGUGUGGCCCGGGCCACAUGGGCGACCACUGCCAGUGGACCACACUCGCCUCCUCCACCAACUCCCUCACGGCGCCCGUCGCCAUCGCAGCCCUCACCGCCUCGCUUAUAGUCCUGUUAGUGGUGGGGUUGGUGGUGUCGCUUCGUCUACACCGGCACAGGAGCAGCCUGGGACUCAGAGAGCGAGGGACGGACGUCGACGACACAGCAAAGGGCACGGUGGUGGAGGUGAAAAGACGCAGUAGAAGCGGGAAAGGAGCUGAUGAAGACGAAGGAGGGGGAGGAGGAGGUGGUGGGUUAGAAGGAGAGAAGGAACUUAGAGAAGAUGACACCCAUGAAUCGUUUCUGGAAUGCCUAAAGUUCAAAUUACCCAGUUCACAGCCUGCCUUAAAGAAGAAAGGAAAGAGGUCCUCGUGCAGGAGCGAAGCUUCGCCAACUGAGAGUGCGGACGCGGUGGUGAGCAGCGGAGAUCCUUCUCCCGGCGCUGCUGCUGCUGCUGCUCCUGGUGCUGCUGCUGACCCCGAGGCCCCUCCUCCUGAUCCUCUCUUACCGCGAGAUGACCUCAGGGCCUACGCGUACGAAGGUGACGGGUCAUCAUCGGGCUCCUUCGCGUCUACCAUAUCAGAUCUGAAGGUGGAGAUGGCCGAGGAGGACUCCACCAUCGUCCCACUGGUGCCGGAGUUCUUGGAAGUGAUGGACCUGUUGAAGAACCUUCCUGAGGCUCCCAAAAAGGCCUCCUUCACCCGGAAAAGGAGCGCCAGCCUAAAAACCUCCAGUUCCCCAAAGGAACCGACGCCCUCCUGUAUAGUCUUAGGCAAAAAUUCAGGCUCCUGCCCUGGGGACGCUGCCACCUCAAAUUUAGAGUCCUCAGCUCCCAGUAUAAUCUUAGUGAAGGGCUCUGGAUCACCAGGCUGCCCACGUGAUCCAGUGACCUCCAGUUUAGUGUUGGGUAAAGGUGGCUCCGGGUCACCAAGAUUCCCGAGGGACUCCCCUGUCUCUAGUAUAGUCUUAGUGAAGGGUUCCGGGGCUGCCAUCAAGCCUUCCAUCAGAACGAGAUUAUCUCACCUCUCCCCCAGCAGAUUCAAGGGCGAGGGGACCUCCAAAACCGACGUGGUGCUUGCCAAGGGCGAGAGUGAGGUAUCGACUGUUUGCUGACGUUGAGAGAACAGCCGGUCACACACAGGCUCGGAAAAUGAACACCGUGGUACGGUAGACUGUGUUCGGGGGCAUCCGCUCUCUCUCUACCACACCCACUAAAAUAAGCAAGUGGCUUAGACCACUAGCGACACGAGUGAACACUUGCACUCUGAACAUUUCAGAGUGACCUCGUCAAAAUCUAUCGUUUGAAAGACGAUAGAUUUUGAGACACAAGACCAUCGCCCUAAAUCGUUACUCAUAUCUCGACAGAAUAUCGGUCUGAAAAAGGGGGAAAAUGACCACAUGGAAGGAAACCCCCCCAACCUGAAAGCUAACACCGGCUUGGAAAGGAAUACCACCCUGGCAGGAAACAGUGGCGGCCUGGAAAUGAAAAGUAUCCGGGGAAGGAAAACCCGGCCUGGAAGGAAAAUCUUUUUCCCACAAUAAAAACAUUCAUGCAAAUUAGUUUUUUUUUUUUUUAAGGGUAUUUCAAGACGGGAAGAAGUUGUGGAGAGAAUGUACAAGAGCACCACAUGAUCGACCAUGCAUACUGGUAAAUUUAGAUAUUUUAUACGUUUAUAGAAUAUCUAUAAUAAAUGGUAUGAAACU